GAAUUUGGAAGAAAGACAUUGUUUACUCGCUGCACAGGCAUAAGAAAAAGAGCUCUAAAGAUGUACGUCCUUAAAAGAGAUGGAAGGCAGGAGAAGGUCAUGUUUGAUAAGAUCACCUCCAGGAUCCAGAAGUUGUGUUAUGGCCUCCAUCCAGAUUUUGUGGACCCUGCAGUGAUCACGCUAAAGGUGAUCAAUGGACUCUAUCCAGGAGUGACCACUGUGGAACUGGACAAUCUGGCGGCAGAGACUGCUGCCACGAUGACCACCAAACAUCCAGAUUAUGCAAUCCUUGCUGCCAGAAUUGCGGUGUCCAACCUCCACAAAGAAACAAAGAAAGUGUUCAGUGAUGUCAUGGAUGAUCUAUACAAGUGGGUCAACCCUAAAACAAACCAACAUUCCCCAAUGAUAUCAGAGGCCAUCCACACCAUCAUUAUGAAAAAUGCUGAUCGUCUGAACUCGGCGUUGAUCUACGAUCGAGACUUCAAUUAUCAGUACUUUGGCUUUAAAACUUUGGAGAGAUCAUAUCUGCUGAGGAUCAAUGGGAAAGUGGCAGAAAGACCCCAGCAUAUGUUGAUGAGAGUUGCCGUGGGGAUUCACCAUGACGACAUAGACGGUGCUAUUGAGACGUAUAACCUGCUGUCUGAGAAGUGGUUUACACAUGCCUCCCCUACUCUGUUUAAUGCAGGAACAAACCGACCACAACUGUCAAGCUGUUUCUUGUUAACAAUGCACUCAGACAGCAUAGAGGGAAUUUACGAUACUCUAAAACAGUGUGCCCUGAUUUCCAAAUCUGCGGGUGGUAUCGGACUCAAUGUGCACUGUAUCAGGUCUACUGGAAGUUACAUAGCUGGGACCAAUGGGACCUCCAAUGGUUUACUACCAAUGCUGAGGGUCUAUAACAACACAGCAAGAUAUGUAGACCAAGGUGGAAAUAAGAGACCAGGAGCUUUUGCCAUCUACCUGGAGCCCUGGCAUGCCGACAUUUUCAUGUUCCUAGACUGUAAGAAGAACACGGGUAAAGAGGAACAGAGGGCGAGGGACUUGUUUUAUGCUCUGUGGAUCCCGGAUCUCUUCAUGCAGAGGGUAGAGAAGAAUGAGGACUGGACCCUUAUGGACCCCCACGAGUGUCCAGGACUUCAUGACUGCUGGGGAGAUGAGUUUGAAAAUUUAUACCAGAAAUAUGAAAAAGAAGGCAAGGGAAGGAAAACUAUAAAAGCCCAGCAGCUGUGGUACGCCAUCAUUGAGGCCCAGACAGAGACUGGUACCCCGUACAUGUUGUACAAGGACCAUUGUAACAGGAAGUCCAACCAGCAGAACCUGGGGACCAUCAAAUGUAGCAACCUGUGUACAGAGAUUGUGGAGUAUAGCAGCCCUGAUGAGGUUGCAGUAUGUAACUUGGCAUCCAUUGCCCUCAACAUGUAUGUGAAGCCUGAUAAAACGUAUGACUUUGAUAAAUUAAAAAGUGUUACCAAAGUGAUUGUCAGAAACCUGAACAAAAUUAUUGAUAUCAACUACUACCCGGUACCAGAGGCUAGGCGGUCCAAUAUGAGACAUCGUCCUAUUGGUAUCGGAGUACAAGGUCUAGCAGAUGCCUUUAUUCUGAUGCGGUUUCCAUUCGAAAGUGAGGAAGCCCAACUGUUGAAUAAACAAAUUUUUGAGACGAUUUACUACUCAGCAUUGGAGGCCAGUUGUGAGUUGGCGGAACACGAUGGGCCGUAUGAAACAUACCCAGGGAGUCCAGUCAGCAAGGGGAUUUUACAGCCAGACAUGUGGAAUGUCACACCUACCAAUCUUCAGGACUGGGAUUCACUCCGGCAAAAAAUUAAAAAACAUGGUGUCAGAAAUAGUCUGCUAUUGGCGCCAAUGCCCACGGCUUCUACAGCUCAAAUUCUGGGGAAUAACGAAUCUAUAGAGGCCUACACCAGUAACAUUUACUCCAGGAGGGUUCUGUCAGGAGAAUUCCAGGUUGUGAAUCAGCAUCUGAUGAAAGACUUGACGGAGCGAGGUUUGUGGGACGACGACAUGAAGAACAAAAUCAUCGCUUUCUCUGGAUCCAUACAGAAUAUAGAGGAGAUUCCAGAAGAAAUAAGAAAAUUGUACAAGACAGUUUGGGAGAUUUCCCAGAAGACUGUGCUCAAGAUGGCAGCAGACAGGGGAGCAUUUAUAGAUCAGAGUCAAUCCCUCAACAUCCACAUCGCCGAGCCAAACUACGGCAAACUGACCAGCAUGCACUUCUAUGCCUGGAAAUUAGGAUUAAAGACAGGAAUGUAUUAUUUGAGAACGAGACCUGCAGCUUCUGCCAUACAGUUCACUGUGGACAAGACGAAGUUAAAGCAGCCGACAGGAAAAUCAGCCGCAGAAGACAAAGUAGAGGAAACAACAAAAAACAUGGAAGCCAUGGUCUGCUCUCUGAAGAACAAAGACGACUGUCUGAUGUGUGGCUCUUAGAGUGUGUAAACAUUUAUAUAAAAUGCAAAAAACUAUACUGCCAAACACAAUUGUACUUACUAUACUGCCAAAAGCAUUCUGUACUAUUGACAUCCUAUAUAGAAUGUAAAGAACUAUACUGCCAAACACAAUAUGUACUAUUGACACUCGUGAGCUUAUUUUUAUGAUGACAAUUUGUAAUAUAUGAACAAUAUAUUUAGAGCUGCUAUAGUUGAACAUGUAUACAAUAAUUUAAUGAUACUGUCAAUCAUUUUGAUAUCUAAGAUUGCUAUUUAUUUAUUAAAACUACAUGAAAUGUAAAA